AUUCCCAUUUCUGCCACAUGGUGGGGAGCACAGGAGAUUCCCCCUGCUGGCUGCCGUGUUGUUCAGUUUGCACACUGCCGCUGUCGCUGCCGCUGCUGCUUUGUUCCCUUCGAGGUCACUCAGUCCGACCAGCAGUCCAGUGCGCACAGGGACCCGGACAGCUCUCCGCCGCACCAGCUCCUCUCCGCAGUUUAGCGCAAGAAAACGUAAGAAAGCCACUUCUCUACCUAACUCAUCCGGGAAGUCUCAUAAAACUGAUCCGGCACCAUGGGGAAAGGCUGCAUCACAGCGACCAAGUACUUCCUGUUCCUCUUCAACCUCCUCUACUUUCUGUUCGGGGCCAUCCUCAUGGGCUUUGGACUGUGGAUCCUUCUGGACAAUCAGAGCUUCCUCAUCGUCCUGAAGGACUCCAUGGCUCUUAAGGUGGCCUGCUACAUCCUGAUUGGAGUGGGGGCUUUCUCCAUGCUCUUGAGCUUCCUGGGUUGCUUGGGGGCCAUUUAUGAGAUCCGCUGUCUGCUGGGCCUGUACUUCACCUGCCUCCUCUUGAUCCUCAUUGCUCAGAUAGCAGCUGGUGCUCUUAUCUACCUCCAGAAAGAGAUGGUGAACGAAGAGAUGUCAAAGAUUGUUACCAAGGUGAUAGAGAACUUCUACGGCAACGAUACAGCCACAGAAAAGGCCUGGAACUUCGUGCAGAUGACGAUGGAGUGCUGUGGUUGGGAUGGUCGUGCGGACUGGAGCGGUAACAUGGUCAUCGUCAACAGCUCUCAGCUGCUGUUUCCCUGCUCCUGCCAGAACAGAUCUGAUGUCACUGCAAACUAUUCCCACACCGGCUUUUGUGAGGCCUCGACACCCGACUGGCCCGUAUACGAUGUGGGUUGUUCGAGCAAAGUGGAGAGCUGGCUCCUCACCAACAUCGGGAUCGUGCUGGGCAUCUGCCUCGGAGUGGCUGUAAUUGAGCUGCUGGGGAUGAUCCUGUCCAUCUGCCUGUGCAGGAACGUACACACAGAGGAGUACACCAAAGUGCCAAAGUACUAAAGCUCAGAGGAGGAGGUCACCCUCACGUUCUUGAACUGCAGAUACACAGAGACAGGAGGAGGAAGUCAGCGGUUUUUCCACCCUGUAUUUGGUGAACCAUUUUGUCCAAAUGUUAAAAAAAAUGUAUUUUGUUGGAAACUUCUUCUUUUAAGGCACUUCCAUCUCUCUUUUUGUUGUUGUUUUGUUUGUUUUUUUGUCUGUCCGGUUACCCUGGAGCACUUUAGAGAAAUUAGUUUGGAGUUUUGUAUCAGAGAGUGAUGCUGAAAAUGUCUGUAAAAAUUCAGUUUAGAGGAACAUGUUCAUGCAAAAGUCAAGGAAAUGUGAGUUUAGGAAGUGACAAACGCAGGUUAAGGAGGAGAGGUUGAAGUGGUAAACAGUAAUCCUGCCUUGCAGCUCUUAGGAUUAGAUUACAGGGCAGUGUCGCUGGUGUCCGUCAAGACUGUUUGUCUGCAAGUGAUCUUUUGGUUUGCAGUUUAGUCUCUAAAUUUAAAAAGAAAUCUUGUUUUGCAUCCGUAAGUGACAGAAGCUGAGCUAAAUUUGUGAGACUGGAAAAUCCAUUUACUUGGUGUUUUUACUUUCUUUACACCAGUGUUUUUGAGUUAUUGUGAAUUAUAUUUUUAGGAUGUUGUAUAUAAUUUUAGUCAUUAUUUGUGUGAAUUUGAAUCCCAAAAAACAUUUGCCAAUGUGUUCUUAGAGGCUGGCCACUCCCUGAAAUUUUAAAAGUAGGUCGUUUCUCAUGCAUUCUUACUUUUGAAUUGUCAAGGUGUUUUUUUUUUCCCCCAAAUAAUCUUUUUCAAGUAAUAGAAAUAAUGAAAUACUAAAGAAGACCAUUUAGGAUGCUUGUUUUUCCAAAAGUAUCACAACCAGUUUACAACAAUUGUCUUUGAUGACAAGCAAAAUGCAUUUUUUUAUUCAAAGCUUCCUCUCUUUUGUUCAAGAUAGCUUUAGUUUUAUCCAUAAGCCCAUUGUCAGCCCAAAAAGGCAAAAGUUUGACAAGUGAAAAUAUUUCUUUUAAUAAUUAUUUAAAUCAGGGAUAUACAAAAUGUGACUACAAGCAAGGGACAAAUUUGUAAAACAUUUUCAUUUAUUUUGGAGAGGGAGGAAUACUUUUGCGGAAAUCCAUCUGGGAUAUUAAUUUUGUUUAUACAGUAGGUCAUUUGGCAUGCAUUUAUGUACAUUUUUAACUUUCAGUGAAGGUCUUUCUUGCGUUGUUUUUAUAAUGUACAAAAUAUAUCAUCUCGUGUUCUUUUAAUGUACAGUCUGUAUGAACAAACAGCAACGUUCCAUUAACCUACCAACAGUUUCUAGAAGUGUAGUACUAUUAAACCUGGAUGGAUAUCUGGUAGCUAGCUGGAGUAGUUUAAUGUGUACUCACCACAUUCAUUCUUUUUCAUUUUGCCAAUAAAGUGAUUACAGUUUA